AUGCGUUCCGCACUUAUCAUCGCAACUAUCGCUAUUAGCGCUCUCGCCGCUCCCCUUCCGGCAGCUGAGCCUUGGAUCAGGAAAGGAGGCGACCAAGCUGUUGAGGAUGUGCUCGAGGCGCGCUUCAGUCGUGCCGGUGCUGGCAAGCGAACUGCUGAGCCCGAGCCCUUCUCUCGCAGUGGUGCCGGCCGUCGCUCUAUCAUUGAUAAUGAUGUAGAGGACGAGGAAGAGCUGGAGCGCCGUUUCAGUCGUGCCGGUGCCGGCAAGCGUACUGCUGAGCCCGAACCCUUUUCUCGCAGUGGUGCCGGCCGUCGCUCUGUCGACGAGGAGGACGACGUAGAGGACGAGGAGGAACUCGAGCGCCGCUUUUCGCGUAGUGGUGCCGGCCGUCGCUCUAACGACGAUGAGGAGGAGGUAGAGGACGAGGAAGAGCUGGAGCGUCGCUCUCCUGAGCCCACACCUUUCAGCCGCAGCGGUGCUGGCAAGCGUACUGCUGAGCCUGAACCAUUCUCUCGCAGCGGUGCUGGCAGACGUGAGGCCCAGCCCGAACCCUUCUCUCGCAGCGGUGCCGGCAAGCGCGAGGCCCAGCCUGAACCUUUCUCUCGCAGCGGUGCUGGCAAACGUGAGGCCCAGCCUGAACCCUUCUCUCGCAGCGGAGCGGGCAAGCGCGAGGCCCAGCCUGAACCUUUCUCUCGCAGCGGUGCCGGCAAGCGCGAGGCCCAGCCCGAACCUUUCUCUCGCAGCGGUGCCGGCAAGCGUGAGGCUCAGCCCUUUGAUCGCAGCGGUGCUGGCAAGCGUGAGGCCCAGCCCGAACCCUUCUCUCGCAGCGGUGCCGGCAAGCGUGAGGCUCAGCCCUUUGAUCGCAGCGGUGCCGGCAAGCGUGAGGCUCAGCCCUUUGAUCGCAGCGGUGCCGGCAAGCGUGAGGCCCAGCCCUUUGAUCGCAGCGGUGCUGGCAAACGUGAGGCCCAGCCCUUUGAUCGCAGCGGUGCCGGAAAGCGUGAGGCCCAGCCCGAACCCUUCUCUCGCAGCGGUGCCGGCAAGCGUGAGGCCCAGCCCUUUGAUCGCAGCGGUGCUGGCAAGCGUGAGGCUCAGCCCUUUGAUCGCAGCGGUGCUGGCAAGCGUGAGGCCCAGCCCGAACCCUUCUCUCGCAGCGGUGCCGGCAAACGCUCUACCUGGGCCAGCGGACUCAUCGAAGCUCUGAAGGCCCGUGGCUUCAGCAGCGCCGCCCUCAUCAACGAGGCCCAGCCCAACUGA